GCCUGAAACCUGGUUGGUGUCGCAGAUCGGACAGAUUGCCGCGACAAGCACCAGCUGCUGGCCUGGCGGCCAAGCGGGGCACGUGCCGCAAGGCACGAUUGCCCCUCCCCCUCAUCGAGCCUUAAGGUUUAACUCUGACAUUUUCCUCCUCAUCAACCGCGGCAGGACCACCACACCCGCUCGGCAAGACACCACCAAAGCGCUACCACUACCCAGCAUUUGCCCCCACCGCCAUGGCCACUAAAGCCCCCGCCCCGGCGCUCAGCCCCGACCAAGUCGCCCAGUUCAAGGAGGUCUUCGACAUCUUUGACAAGGAUGGCACUGGCGACAUCACCGCCGACGAGUUGGGCAAGGUCAUGAAGGAGCUAGGCCUAAACCCCAGCGACUCCGAGUUGCAGGAUAUUGUCAACGAGGCGGAUCUUAAUAAGGACGGGGUCAUCUGCUUUGACGAGUUCCUCAGCCUCAUGUCGCAGACCGUCAAGGAGACCGACACGGAGCAGGAGCUUCUCAACGCCUUCAGGGUGUUUGACAAGGACGGCAGCGGCACCAUCUCGUCCGAAGAGCUGCGCAACGUGCUUAGAUCGCUGGGAGAGAACUUGACCGACGCCGAGCUUGACGAGAUGAUCCAGUUGGCCGAUAAGAACGGCGACGGACAUAUCGAUUACCAAGAGUUUGCCAAUAUCAUGAAGUAGUAGCUCAUGGCUUGGUAUUACGACAUUGGCUUCUCGAUCGAAAAGCAUUGCGGGUUGGUCAAAGGGGGCUUUCACAUAUUUCCAGUUUGAAGAGACGCAGAUGCAGGAAUCUCGGCCCGAUUUUGUGCCCUUGGUCUUGCGGAGCGCUUUCCUGCUGGGUCUCAGGUGGUCGAAGCUUAUAAUCACAGAGCAGUGCAAUUCACAUUGACAAUUGAGGAU